GACAAUUACGUCGUCGGCGCUUUGAUCGGCCGCGGCGCCUUCUCAUGCCUUUUUGUGGCCGAGGACCGCCGCCGCGACGAGACCGUGGUCCUCAAGGUCACGGACACGACGGAGAAGACCCACGAGAUCAUCUGCGAGCGCGAGGCCAUCAUUCUGAAGAACCUCGCGCACCCGAACGUCGUCGAGCUCUACGCGCGCCACGCCAAGGUCGCGGGCCGCUACGACGUCGCGGCGCUCGAGUACCUCCGCGGCCCGACGCUCGACGCCGUCGGCGAGGCCAUCGGCGCGCUGCGCGAGGGCUUCGUGCGCUCCGUCGCCAUGGACCUGUGCGGCGCGCUGCGGUAUCUCCACGCGCACGGCGUCUUGCACCGCGACCUCAAGCCCGACAACGUCGUGCUC